AUAUACAACCAUAUAUACUUUAUAUAUAUCGUGAAUUUUUGUGCUAAAUUUAAUGUUUAACAAUGCAUUGUGCUAAAGCUCUAUUAUUGCUCUUCAAUGUCAUUUUCUGGUUUUCUGGUUUAUCAAUAAUAUGGAUUGGAAUAUGGAUGCAAACAGAUUUACAACAAUUUUUUAAAAUUAGUAUAGCAUAUUCAAGACUAGUACCAUAUAUACUUGUUAUAACAGGAAUAUUAAUAUUAUUAACAGCAACAUUAGCAUGUACAUGUAUUGUUAAAGGAAAUCCUCCAUUAUUAUUAAUGUAUGCUGGUCUUCUUGUAGCAAUAUUAUUCAUUGAAUUAGCAUUGGCAGCAUCAAUGUAUUCAUACAAAGAUCGUUUAGGUAAAGGUUUUGAAGAAGGAUUAAGAUAUGAUAUAGAAAAUUAUAGAUUAUCAAAAGAAAGUGAAAAAUUAUUAAGUAAUGCUCAACAAAAAUUACAAUGCUGUGGGGUAAUUAGUUAUAAAGAUUGGAAAGAUAAAAAUUUUAAUAUGAAUGUUCCUUUAUCAUGUUGUAUCGCUUCAAAGGAGAAUUGUGAUCCAAGUAAUCGAAAAUUUUUAUAUACCGAAGGUUGUCUUUCAAAAUUAAUGUAUUUCCUCAAUUCAAAUAUGUCAACAAUUGGUAAUAUUUUAUCAGCCUUAGCAUUUUUUCCAUUAUUUGGAACUUGUAUAUCAUGUUAUUUGGCAGCAAAUAUUAAAAAGAGUAAAUACGAGCCAAUUAUUGGUUAAAAAAUUUUUAUAAUAAAUCAAAAUUAUCAUUAUUAUUAUUGUAUAUUAUAAUAUUUACAAAAAUUAAUAAAUUCUCUGAAGAAAUUAAUAAAAAUUAUAAAAUUUCAACAUUUUAUGCAUUCUUUAACACAAAAACUUUG